AUCGUUAUUUCAUUCGUUGAAUCGUUAAUGCUUCUUUAGCCUUUUGUCCUCGGUUUCACAUUUAUUUACGCUUAUACCACUAUUGUUAUGUUCGUUGCCGUGUGCCGGGAGCUACAGAGCCUCCGCUCGCCGCCGGCUCCCUGCGCUUCCGGCCUCCGUUUCAUCCGUUACCGCCGCCUCAGGUAACCCUACACCUUUCCAAAUCCAAUCUAUAGACAACUCUCUCUGUGUGUAUAUAUAGAUAGAUAGAUAGAUACAUAUAUAUUCGAUCCCAUGCCGAGCCCGAAGACUCAACGGAGAGGGGGAACGGAGGAGAAGAAUAGGAAGGGGAGAUUGGCAGAGAAAGCGAUGUCGUUUAGCGGACACAGCGGAGCGAGUUCUGCGGCGGUGUUGCUGCAGAGGCCGAGGACGGUGCCGGACUUACUCGCCGGCCGGAGAAGUUCAUCCGCCGGAACAUCGCCGUCGUCGGCGGCGCUGCAGUUCCCGCCGAAGCUAACGAAGCUGCUGCUGAAUGUGACGAUACAGCGCAGCACCGGCGCGUUGCAGGUGCUGAUUCCGCCGGAUUCCACGGUGGACGACCUCAUCGCCGCCGCGCUCCGCCAGUACGUGAAGGAAGGACGGCGGCCGGUGCUCCCCUCCACCAACGCCGCCGACUACGGCCUUCAUUAUUCCCAGUUUAGCUUAGAGAGUCUGGACAGGACAGAAAAGCUGGCGGCGUUGGGGUCACGUAACUUCUUCCUCUGCCCGGAAAUGGCAGAAACCGCCGCCGUCGGUGGCGUAACGACGUCGUCUCCAUCUUCCAGCUGUUCAAACGAAGUUGACAAACCAACUAAGAGUAUUGGCUUGUCCUGGUUUAAGUUCACACUGUGAAAAACUUAUAAUUUGCUUUUCCUUAUAUUAAAUCAUAUAUAGUAAUAAUUAAGUAAUAUUCUUGGAAAAGUUGUUCCGAACAGUUGAGGUGAGAUCUGAUCAAAACUCGAUUGGAUUAGUCUCGAACUGUGAUCUGUAUUAUGCACAACCUUAUACCGUAAUUAUUAUUGUUAUUACGGAGUAUUUUUCUUAGCAGCAUAGUAUUACAAGGUUUGUUAGGUCUCAUCAUAUUUAAGAGAUCAGAUCGAGAUUAAAGCUUGUAUAUACAAUAUUUAAUUAUUAUCAAUGGGAUAAGUUAAAUAGAUAAAAUUUAUUUUGUAUUACUCUAUUUAAAUUAGUUAAGGCAAUAAUUGAAUUCAUAGUUUUUAA